AUGCAUUUUUUUAAAAAUCGGAGGAUUUUUACAAGUCUGACAAGUUUAUUUUUUAUCCAGUUGAUCUUAAUUCUUGGAUUUGUCUACUUUGGAGCAUUUGUAAACAGUAAUGUGGACGUUAGCGAGCCAUUUUCGAAUGGAAACAUCAAAUUUAUCAAUAAAGAUUCAGUAGACUCAUCAAAGUCAAAUAAAAUACAUCAUCAAUAUUCAACUCCUACAUUUAUGAAACUAGUUAAUAAUGAUCAAUUUAGCAAUCAUUUUCUCAGAAUUCAGAAGGAAGUCACAAUCAGCUCUGACAUUACCGAAAAGCUUCAUCUUCAAAAGAUUUGUUUUAAGGAGGGAGUUCAAGCCCCAAUUGAAUUAACUCGAGCUUCUCAUGAUGUAAACAAUAAGACUGAAUAUUACAGCGAUUUGAGCGCAUGCAUUUGUCAACCGGAAUGGCAUGGACAUGCAUGUAGCGAGCCAGAAAUAAUUUGGAGAGCCUUUAUUGCAUCACGUCAACCAAUGAGCAAUCCACCAAAAAUCAUAAAACAUCCUCAUAAUGUUUUCUACAUUAUCGAAGGUGUCACAAGCAUUAACAUGGAAACUUUAGAAAUUCAAAUGUUGGAACUUAUAAACAUUGUCAAUCUUUUUGUAAUUUGUGACUUGAUAAAGGUUGAAGAUUCAUCAAUUCUUAUGAAACAUCAGAUGAACAAAGGUUUUUUGCAGUCGUUUAAAGAUCAAAUACUUUUAGUCAAGGAUGAAACAUGUUCAAGUGGCAACGUGUAUCGACAAAUGAAGAAAAUUUUAGGAUCACAAAUUCACCCCCUUGAUGUAUUGAUUUAUGGACACAGAGAUGAGAUUCUCAAUCGAAAAGCUGUUAAGUACUUGAAAUGGCAUAGUAAUUGGCCUCAACCUCUUCGUUUUCGUCUUAAAUGGAAUGUCUAUGGAUUCUUUUUUCAACAUCCUGAUAAAACCGUUAUCAGCUCUAUCGCAUGCCAAAUUAAUGUUUUCGAACAAAUCUACGGAUCUGAUGCCAAUAAAAUUCAAUCUAAUCAAAACAGUCCAACAAUUAUAACCGUUGGUGAUCUUAAUCAUAUUGGUGGAUGGUUUUGUGAGUUCUGUCACCAACCUAUUGAUAUUAUUAGAAAACUUCACUUAGAUAGUAAAAUAAUAACAAAUAAAUCGAAUGAUCCACUCAAAGAAACUUAUCAUCGGAAGCCUAUCAUUAAUAUAGAAUUCGUUCAAAAUCUUAUUCAACAUGGACUUUAUAUCGAUGGAAAACUUCAACUAAAGAAACUUCAACAUUAUAACGACGUAAAAUAUUUCAGUCCAGAAUCAGUUACAAAGGAUCGUUGGAAAUUUGAUAACAUUGUGUCGAAUUUCUUUUCAAAAUGGGAUGACGGACUUGAAAAUGAUGAUGAUUAUUGA